AUGGAGAAUGUCGAUUCAAAACUGAAGGACACGAACGAGACCACCGAGGAGGAGCAACUGCGAAAGCUGUUCGUCAGUGGACUGGCUUUCCACUCCACGGACGAAAGCCUAGGGGCCCACUUCGCGAGGUUUGGCACCAUUGUGGAGGCGGUGGUGAUGAAGAACACCAAGAAUAGGCGCUCCCGCGGCUUUGGCUUCGUCAUCUACACCCAGUCGCUCAUUAAGGACAACGCCAUGACAGCUUCUCCACAUCUUCUCGACGGAACCGUGGUGGAUGUGAAAGAGCCUUACCCACGUCAAGUGGUGGAUCCCGACGAGAAGGCAAUGCUAUGGUUACAAAGACGACGUCAUCAGCGUCGCCAAGGACAACGAUCGCACCCUCGUCAUCCUCCUCGGUCUAAUGGUCCUAAGAAAACUAUAUCAAAAAAAAUAGUGAGGUAG